AUAUUGCGCGCUGGACACGCGACUAGCUGUUGUGUAAGAACCAUACAGCAGCCAUGUUGUUUAAAAACAGUAUAAGCAGUGGAAAGAAACUCACUCCCUCCCUCCCUUAUUCUCAGGAAUUCAUAGGCAUUCUACUUCAAAAGAUCUGUUAUCUCCUCCGAGGAACAGAGCAAUCUAGGGUUCUUAAUAUCUCCUGGCAGGGUUCCUGGCCUGUCGUAAAGCUGUCGUCCUCUCACCUCAGAGAGUCCACAGACCCCUGUCGUAAAUGCCUUAGACUCAUAAACGCUGAAGACUAAGGAAUAAGUAUGAACGUUACACAUGUUUCAUAACUUCCAGCUAACUCAUAGCACAGCCCAACAACAGACAUAUUUAGUUUCCUCAGAUAAUUUGUAACGUUUCGAGCCCAGACAUGAAUAUGAUCAAUCAUACGGAAGGCACCCUGGCCCCAUUUAUUCAUCAUAGGUAGAUUAACCAUGGUAGACUUGUCACGUUUGGACUUUUCUUAAAGCAAAUAUCACGCUCUACAAUAACACGGAUGUUGGUAGUCUGUAACUAUUAGAACUGCAGAGAUAUGAAUAUGUAUCACGAAGUGUACCUGGGUUAUGGGCGUGAAUGUGGACCCUCCCAGUAACCAGCCCCUAAAUCAGAUGACCAGACAAUUGGUUACUGGUCGUGUCAACACCCCUUUUUGAUGGGACAGAAAAGAGGAGAUGCCAAGUCAAGGGAGUGCUCCUUUUACCAUCCAAGCAAGAGCAUCUGCCAAGUUUGAGAACCGAUUACCCAGUUCAUCGAUCGAACUCUGAUCAACCUUGGACAUUAAUUGCAAGUAUUCUUCUUCUUCAAUUCUACCCUAUUACUUUGUCGCUGUAUAUUGUCGUUAUCUCUUUAAAACAUAUUUUUCUGUAACACUUUAUUGCACCAAGUUUGCCCUUUUCGUAAUAAACCUUUUAUGUUGAAAAGUGUUAACCUUGUCUCUAAAACUCUUAAUGCAAGCUAUGAACGAACCUCUGCCUUUUGAAGAGCGCUACUGGUGUAGAGUAAGGCCUCUGAGCAGACCUGCCUGUGGUGACAGUGUGUGUUGCAGACGCUUAUUCUAAAAUCCUAAUUGGUAUUGUUAAUUGACGGGAGUACCAACGCUUCCUUAUCAAUGUUGGUGGUGGCAGUUAAAGGGUUAAUUGUGUCAUUAGCCCAGUGACAAUCGCUCUCAGGCUACUAGCACUUAGAUUGUGGUCCCGCAAGCAGGGAAAUCUUUGUGCUGGGCGCAGCUGAGAGUGGCAUUGUUACGUAAGUGACAGCGUGGUGUGAGGUCGGCCUGUCCUUCGUCGCAAGUUGGCGCGGAGGGCGGAGAUCUGACACUCGCGUUCGUCACAUAUUGGCUGGCAGCGUAGCGGGAUAGCUUUGCAUUAAGAGCAUUCAGUGCAUUGUUAGGAAUUAGCUCUGCACUGAAGGAUUGUAACCUUUUUGGAAACAGUCCUUAGAGACAAGCUGGUGCAUAUAUAUUUUUUUGUGUUAAAGAGAGACAUACAGCAACAGCUCCUUCCUACCCCUUUUUCCUACCUCUGCUUUCUGUUCUAUCUUUUCUGCUUGCAACAUGUCUGGGUUAUCAGCAUAUAAAAAGAUGAACAAAAAUGACCUAACUGCUGAGUGCGCAGGAAGAGGAAUUGACAUUAAUGGCAAAAAUCGUGAAGGCUUGAUACAUGCCCUACAGGAGUUUGAUAUCCAGGCAAACCAGAACCUGGAGGGAACCGGACCAGAAAGGGGUUCCGCUACUCCAGAGCCCAGUGGUUCAGAGGCGGCCUCACCGGAUAGGCCAGCAGAGACUGACACUGGAAUACCACGGAUUGUUAUCCCCAAGCCACCGCAUGAGCAGGCCAACACCCCAUUGCUUGCAACCAGCAUGGACUCUCCUCAAAUGCAGGAAACGCUACAACGCCUCAGGGAAACGGAUCCUGUGGUGUACCUGCAGUUUCUCGAGCGUCAGGCUGAGAGAGAGGAGCGCAGGGCUGAGAGGGAGGCUGCGCACAGGGAAGCUGAUCGUCGACACGAACUGGAGAUGACUAGGCUCCAGCAGCAGCGACAGGUUCAGAACCCCGGAUCCCUAGAGCACAGGGAUGCCGCUCUGCCAGUAGCUCCGGCAGCCAAAUUUCCUGUUAUGGAAAAGGACAGUGACAUUGACGUGUAUCUACUGUCGUUUGAAAAAACUUGCCGUCAGUACCAUCUGCCCCCAGCACAAUGGGCCCGGUACCUGACGCCAGGGCUACGAGGCAAGGCCCUGGAUGCUUAUGUUGAACUGUCUGAAGAGCAGGGCAAUGAUUAUGAGGCCCUAAAGGCUGCGAUCAUCCAAAAGUUUCAGCUAACCCCGGAAGUUUACCGGAAGCGUUUUAGGUCCUUGCAAAAAGGGCCUGGGGACUCAUACCUGGAUGUGGAAAGUCGCUUACGUACCACAUUCCGGCAGUGGACUAAAGGCUUGAAAGCUGAUUCUUUUGAGUCCCUGGAAGAUCUUAUGAUUGAAGAUCAACUUUUGCACAUCUGUCCUACAGACGUCAGACAGUUUGUGCUGGAGCGAAAGCCAACCUCAGCUAAAGUAGCAGCAGAACUGGCAGAUACCUAUAUCCACUCUCGGGUAUCUGACCAUCGCAAGGCUCCUCCGAACGGCUGGAAAGGAGGGAAAUCUCACAUGGCAACCCCUCCUCCACCUGCCAACCAAGUCCCUCAGCAGAUGGAACCUGCAGUUCCUGGUGCCAAGGCAUUCCUGACUAAUAAUCGCACAUGCUACACCUGCGGGAAAGCCGGACAUCUCAAGGCACAGUGCCCUGAGCAGAAGAAGCUGACAUCACCUGGCCAUCCGGCCAGCAACCCUUCUGCUGUACUGUUCGUCAGUGGGAAACCUCCAGGAACCAAUGCCAACUUGCAGCCUGUCACCGUAGGCCACCGGACUGUAAUAGGGUUGCGUGACACUGGAGCAGAAGUUACGUUGGUCAGACCAGAGGUGAUAGAAGAAACAGACAUCAUCCCAGAGAAGUUUCUUACCCUCACUGGAGUGGGGGGAACCCUUUCCUGUGUGCCCCGUGCCUAUGUUUUCAUCGAUUGGGGUGCUGGGAGUGGGAUGAGAGAGGUGGGCGUCUCAGAGGAGAUCCCUACUGCUGUGUUGUUGGGUGCUGAUUUAGGUACCCUUGUUUCUUACUACGUCCCUGCUAAGAGCACCCAGGAUGCUCCCACGGAACUCUCUGGACCUACCAAGGUACUGUGUACAGAUGUUGGGGUAAUAUCUGGGCAACCUGUGGAUGGACAGAGGGAGGGGGAGGGUGAAGUUGAAGUGCAAGGUCCUCCUUAUUCAGAAACAGGAGAGGAGACCCCCUUGCUUGGGAAGGUAACUGAUACAGGUUCCAAUGAUGCUGCAAUGAUAAAUGUUAAAUGUGAUGAUGCUGAUGUUGAUGUUGAUGAUAAUGCAUUGCCAGUUUUAGUGGUCACUCGCAGUGCUGCCAAGGCGGCCGAGGUGCAGGCCCUGAUCGCAGAACAGCAGGAGGAGGUCUCUGGGCCCUCUCCCUGUUCUGACCCAGCGGACUCCACCUCUGUUGAGCCUCAUCAGCCGUCCUUGUUUGCCACAGGACUGCUGGCUGGGACUUGUGGUACCGCCUUUGAAACAGCACUGCAGACAGACCAAACACUAGCACAGCUCAGGAGUUCAGCUGAUCGCCCCCCUGCAGAGAAUUGCAAACAAAAGGUCUACUGGGAGAAAGGGAAACUGUACACAGAAGGUUUGCCUGCAGAGGGGAAUGAGACUGACACAAGAAGCAGGCAGCUAGUUGUACCCAGUCAAUUUAGGGGACAGCUGCUAACUGACAGCAGGGAGGUAGAUUCAGAACUCCUGAUAAACUCCAAACUGACCCCCACCCAGGUACCUGGGCUAAAGAGAGUGCUGGCAGUACAUGGUAGCAGGUUUACAGGGAAACCUGGGAGGACGCACCUCGCUAUCCACCAGGUGGACACCGGGACACAUCCGCCCAUUAAACAGUCGGCCUAUCGCGUCUCCUUGGAGGUGCUGGCUGACAUGAAAAGGGAGGUGGAGGAAAUGCUGCAGCUGGGGGUGAUUCAGAAGUCCCACAGUGCCUGGGCAUCCCCAGUAGUCCUGGUCCCCAAAAAGGAUCGGACGACCAGGUUCUGUGUGGACUACCGGAAGCUGAAUGCCAUCACCACUGCAGAUGCCUACCCCAUGCCCCGGAUUGAUGAGUUGUUAGAUAGGCUGGCGGCCGCCCACUAUAUAACAAUCAUGGAUCUGAGCAGGGGGUACUGGCAAAUUCCUCUGGCCCCUGAGGCUCGGGAAAAGUCGGCUUUCAUCACCCCAUUCGGCUUGUUCGAAUUUACCGUCAUGCCGUUUGGGAUGAAGAAUGCCCCAGCUACCUUCCAGAGAGUCAUGAAUGAUUUACUGGAGGGGCUGGAACCCUUUGCCGUAGCCUACCUGGAUGACAUCGCUGUGUUCAGCCCUACCUGGGAAGAACACCUGAUGCACCUGUCACAGGUCCUGGACCGAUUGACCGAUGCCAACCUGACUGUCAAACCCAGUAAGUGUCAGAUCGGCAUGAAUGAUGUGCAUUACCUGGGACACCAGGUAGGAGGAGGCACCCUGAAACCCCAGACAGGAAAGGUUGAGGCCAUCCUGGCCUGGCCUAUCCCCCAAACCAAAAAACAGGUUAUGUCUUUCUUGGGGACCGCUGGCUACUAUAGGAAGUUUGUAGGUAACUAUAGCAGCCUGGCCAAACCUCUGACUGACCUAACCAAAAAGAAACUGCCCAAGGUGGUGUCUUGGACACCAGAAUGUGAGCAGGCAUUUCAGGCCUUGAAGGAGGCGCUGGCCAGCGCCCCUGUGCUACAGGCUCCCGACUUCACCCGCCGUUUUCUAGUGCAGACGGAUGCCUCUGCCUAUGGAUUGGGUGCAGUCCUGAGCCAAGUGGAUGAUGCCGGAGAGGAGCAUCCCAUCCUCUACCUGAGCCGGAAGCUGCUUCCCAGGGAAGUAGCUUAUGCCACGAUCGAAAAGGAGUGUCUUGCGAUCGUGUGGUCUCUCCAGAAGUUACAAACCAAUACGAUUUCACCAUCCAGCAUAAGAAAGGCAGUGCCCAUGGAAAUGCUGAUGGGCUGUCACGACAAGCCGAGCCCGCCGGAGUAG